AUGGCCACGGCGGCUUCUAACCCCUACCUGCCGGGGAACAGCCUGCUGGCGGCCGGCUCCAUCGUCCACUCGGACGCGGCGGGGGCUGGCGGCGGCGGCGGGGGCGGCGGCGGCGGCGGCGGGACGGGGGGCGGCGGGGGCGGCAUGCAGCCCGGCAGCGCCGCCGUGACCUCGGGCGCCUACCGGGGGGACCCGGCCUCCGUCAAGAUGGUGCAGAGCGACUUCAUGCAGGGGGCCAUGGCCGCCAGCAACGGCGGCCAUAUGCUGAGCCACGCGCACCAGUGGGUCACGGCCCUGCCCCACGCCGCCGCCGCCGCCGCGGCCGCCGCCGCCGCCGCCGUGGAGGCGAGCUCGCCGUGGUCCGGCAGCGCCGUGGGCAUGGCCGGCAGCCCCCAGCAGCCGCCGCAGCCGCCGCCGCCGCCGCCGCAGGGCCCCGACGUGAAGGGCGGCUCGGGGCGCGACGAUCUGCACGCGGGCACCGCGCUGCACCACCGCGGGCCGCCGCACCUCGGGCCGCCGCCGCCGCCGCCACACCAGGGCCACCCCGGGGGCUGGGGAGCCGCCGCCGCCGCCGCCGCCGCCGCUGCCGCCGCCGCCGCCGCCGCCCACCUCCCGUCCAUGGCCGGGGGCCAGCAGCCGCCGCCGCAGAGCCUGCUCUACUCGCAGCCCGGGGGCUUCACGGUGAACGGCAUGCUGAGCGCGCCCCCGGGGCCGGGCGGCGGCGGCGGCGGCGGCGCGGGCGGCGGCGCCCAGAGCCUGGUGCACCCGGGGCUGGUGCGCGGGGACACGCCCGAGCUGGCCGAGCACCACCACCACCACCACCACCACGCGCACCCGCACCCGCCGCACCCGCACCACGCGCAGGGGCCCCCGCACCACGGCGGAGGCGGCGCGGGGCCCGGACUCAACAGCCACGACCCGCACUCGGACGAGGACACGCCGACGUCCGACGACCUGGAGCAGUUCGCCAAGCAGUUCAAGCAGCGGCGCAUCAAGUUGGGCUUCACGCAGGCCGACGUGGGGCUGGCGCUGGGCACCCUGUACGGCAAUGUCUUCUCGCAGACCACCAUCUGCCGCUUCGAGGCCCUGCAGCUGAGCUUCAAGAACAUGUGCAAGCUCAAGCCGCUGCUGAACAAGUGGCUGGAGGAGGCGGACUCGAGCACCGGCAGCCCCACGAGCAUCGACAAGAUCGCGGCGCAGGGCCGCAAGCGCAAGAAGCGGACCUCCAUCGAGGUGAGCGUCAAGGGCGCGCUCGAGAGCCACUUCCUCAAGUGCCCCAAGCCCUCGGCGCAGGAGAUCACCAACUUGGCCGACAGCCUGCAGCUUGAGAAGGAGGUGGUGCGCGUCUGGUUCUGCAACCGGCGCCAGAAGGAGAAACGCAUGACGCCACCCGGGAUCCAACAGCAGACGCCCGACGACGUCUACUCGCAGGUGGGCACCGUGAGCGCCGACACGCCGCCGCCGCACCACGGGCUGCAGACGAGCGUGCAGUGA